CUCUCCAUGCAAAAUUAGCCCAUUUUUUCUUCUUUAUCUCCCGACUUCGAAUCAGAUUCUGAUUCCUUUGAUUGAUCCAUAAACCCUCUUUGAAUUCGAUUAAUUAAAAGCUUCCUCUCAAUCUCUGUAUAAUCUUCUCGGCAUCAACAUGGCUAAUGACAUGGGAAACAUAAAUUACGAGGAGGAAUACAUAUUGAAUUCUAGAGGGUUGAAGCUCUUCACUUGCAGAUGGAUCCCGAAGGGAGACCCGAAAGCCCUGAUCUUCAUCUGCCAUGGCUAUGCCAUGGAGUGCAGCAUCACCAUGAACAGUACGGCUAUUCGUCUGGCAAAUGCGGGUUACGCAGUCUAUGGGAUCGAUUACGAAGGGCAUGGGAAAUCCGCUGGUUUGCAGGGGCUUGUGAAAAACUUUGAUGAUGUCGCGGAUGAUUGCUCCAAUCAUUUCACCAGCAUCUGUGAGAAGAAAGGGAAUAAGAAGAAGAUGAGGUAUCUGUUAGGAGAGUCCAUGGGAGGAGCUCUGGCUCUUGUCCUGCACAGGAAGAAGCCAGAGUACUGGGAUGGUGCUGUCUUAGUUGCUCCCAUGUGUAAGAUUGCAGAUGACAUGAGGCCACACCCGCUGGUGAUCAGUGUUCUGACCAAGCUGUGCAACAUUAUUCCAACUUGGAAGAUAAUCCCCACCAAAGACAUCAUCGAUCUCGCCUUCAAGCAGCCCGAGAUCAGAGAACAGAUUAGGACAAACCCCUAUUGCUACAAAGGGAAGCCGAGAUUGAAGACCGGGUACGAGUGCCUGAGAGUUAGUAUGGAUCUCGAGAAGAGGCUUAAUGAGGUAUCCUUGCCAUUCUUAUUGCUACAUGGGGAAGAGGACAGGGUGACUGAUAAUUCGGUGAGCAAACUGCUGCUCGAGGAAGCCUCGAGCACAGACAAGACACUGAAGCUGUACCCGAAAAUGUGGCACGGGCUGCUCUACGGGGAGACGCCGAGCAACAUAGACAUCGUAUUCUCAGACAUCAUCGGGUGGUUGGAUGAGCGGGCCUCCCUCGGGAACUCGAGGCUGGAGAGGGAGCUGAAGAGCGAGCAGGAUGAUGAUCAUCUCAUGCCCAAAUUUGAUUCAUAGUAGACAGAGGAGAGCAAAAUUGAAAGAGAGGAUGGGGCCUUUUGUAAUGGUUUUAAAAGUUCACGGGCUUUUUUAGUGAUUGUCUCGAAGAAGUGGGCUAUGGGAAAGUGGGCUUUCUGUGUGUGUUUUCUUCAUUGGCGCGCCAGAUUAGGACUGGGCCGAUACAAACGGAAAAGAUUUGGGAGCAGAUAUGUAUAUUCGUUUGUUUCUCUGAAAGUCAUUGAAUUUAAGAUUGGGCUUUGCCAUUCCAUCAUUAA